GAGAGAGAGAGAGAGAGACAGAGAGACAGGGUAGUUGUGCUCAAUGGCGCAUGCAGUACAGAAGUGGGUGUGUGCCUAGCACCGGUCACGUGGGCAACUGUCUCGUUCUGGUUCAUGCGUCUAUAAAUUCUCCUUCUUAUAUGAAGUUGUUCCUUUCCCAAGUAAGACGCCGAGUCCAUCAACAGAGUAGCUACGACUUGUAAUAGAAUCAUGGCAGAAGACCAGGCUUUUGUGACUUUGGCGACCAAUGACAACUAUGCCAGAGGAGCCAUGGUCCUGGGCAAGUCCCUGCGGAACCACAAGACAACCAGGAAGCUGGUGGUGAUGAUCGGACCCCAUGUCUCUGACCCCUUACUGUUGGUGGAUGUGUUGGACAGCGGAGACGCAGCUCACCUGGCCCUGAUGAAGAGACCUGACCUGGGAGUCACCUUCACCAAGCUACACUGCUGGACCCUUACACACUACUCCAAAUGUGUCUUCAUGGAUGCAGACACACUGGUGGUACAGAACAUAGAUGAGUUGUUUGACAGAGAGGAGCUCUCUGCGGCCCCGGAUCCCGGCUGGCCAGACUGUUUCAACUCCGGCGUGUUCGUGUUCCGACCCUCCAGCGAGACGUACAGCAAACUGCUCCAGUACUGCGCAGAACACGGGCAGCUUCGAUG